GGCUGUGAGACACAGGGCGGGAGGGCACAGCCUCCUCAGCCUCCAGUGCACGGCGCAGGCAUUGCUCUCACUGACUGCUCUGACACUGCACGGAGCCUCUGCACUGGGACCUGUGGAGCCAUGGGCUAGAGGAGGGAGCCCACCUGCCUGACCAUGGCUGUGCCAGUCCCCCGGUGUAGUGGAGGGCACCCCCACACCGCCCUGGUCACCUUGCAGUCAUAGCUCUGUCCUGGGACCAUUCACCUUCCGUAGUAUUCCUUGCAUCGCUUCCUUGCUGAUUUCAUGUGAUUUAACCCCUGCACCACCGACAGGCAGGAGGAUGCUUCCUAGCUGCAGGUUGGCACAUCAUUGUUUGGCUGCUCUGUGUGCGCUUUUGGUUCUUCAUAUUAUUCCAGUCUUCAGCCAGGUUCAGAGGACGCCAAUAGAGAGAGGAUUUCUCAAGUGGUUUGGCCCUGAGCAUAGUCUACCUCUGAGGACCAGCAAUGAGUGGAGUUCUUGGCAGAGUUGGUCUCCAUGUUCUCGGACGUGCGGAGGGGGAGCUGCAGUGCGUACAAGACAAUGUAUUAAAAGAGAUUCUGCAGGUCCAGACUGCCCCGGAGACACUAGACAGUAUCAAGCGUGUAACAUGAAGGACUGUCCAUCUGGAGUGACCGAUUUCAGACAUUUCCAGUGUUCUGCUUACAAUAAUAAGGCUUUGAUGGGAAAUUAUUACAGAUGGGUGCCUUUCCAAUCUGGACAAGGAGACUGUGAGCUAAGUUGCUUGGCACAAGGGCAAAAAUUUUAUUACAACUUUGGCAGAGUUUUGGAUGGAACGUCAUGCCACACAGAAUAUAAUGGCAUCUGUAUCAAUGGCCAGUGCCUGAAAGUCGGUUGUGAUUUCAUACUUGGGUCUGAUGAGAAGACCGAUAUCUGUGGGGUUUGUGGAGGACAAAAUGUAUCCUGCCAACACCAUCACAAUGUCUACACUACAAAGUACCCGGCUUCUGGGCUCUUUGGAUACAAUGAAGUGACCAUGAUCCCUGCAGGUGCCACUAACAUUAGGGUGACUGACAAGAGCAAUAAUUAUCUGGCCUUAAGAAAUCAAAAUUACCAUUAUGUCAUCAAUGGGAACUGGGCUAUUAAUUACCCUGGAAUCUUCAAUGUGGCGGGAACCAAGGUCCAAUACAAGCGCUCUGCUGACAAUCAGGAAACCUUUGAGGCCACAGGACCAACUGAUGAGGAUUUGCAUGUCAUGGUCCUCUUCACAGAGCUGAAUACAGGCAUAGAAUAUGAAUAUUGGCUUCCUAAAAAUUACUAUAUUAACCACCAGAAAGACCGCAGCUCUCUACAAGAAACUGUGGAAACCGCCCUAUCACCUACUCUGCCUCCUUCUACUCCAAGUCCAACAACGACAGCUCACAGCGUACUGCGGCAGACAACACAGAAGGCGCGGCCACCCCAGGGCCGGCAUGAAAGAGACAAUAUAGAGCUGAACAGGAUAAGUGAAUCUAAAAGAGAUGAUAAAUGUGGAAAGUGCAGAAAAGUCAAGGGGCGGCAAAACAAAAUCAAGCAAUACUGUCAGAAGGACUUUGUUUUCCGAGGAAGAAUUGUAAGCAAAAAGAUUGUGGGUAAGGAAACCUGUUAUGAUGUUCAGGUGGUAAUUACCUACAAGAACAAUUUCCCCAUCCUGAGGCGUGAAUACAUGUGGGUCCCAAACACCUGUGAUUGCCCCAGCUUACUAGAGAAACGGGAAUACAUUCUGAUGGCCAGGAGGCAUGUUAACUAUGAGAAGACUCUCAACAGGAUAUUGCUUGAAACGGACAGUUUUGUGCGUGCAUACAAACCAAAGGAGGACAAAAUGCUUCGAGAUCUUGAUCAAGAAUGUGCCAAGUAUGGGUACCAAACACAGCCAAAACUCAACCAAUAACCCUCCUGCAAAAAUACUGUAAAGAAUUCACUGUGUAAUAGUAUAGACUAUUUAAAGUAUUGCUGGACGGAUCACUAUCUGGGACCUUAGGUAAUAUUUCAUACCUGGUGCCAGGCGGUAUAACAUGGUAUGUAGGAAUUGUAGGAAUGCGUUGCUAGUCUGCCUAAAAGUGGAGGUCCGAAACGGGGAAACAUCUCAGAAUGAAAUAUGAAAGAGCAAUUCACACUAAUAAUUAUACAAGAAGCGCUUUUAUAUAUACCGUGUGUGUAUUUAUGGUAUGUUACAACGCAGAAUAUGCAGCUACACAGAUGUGUGUACAAAUUUGUAAUCUAGUAUUCUGCUGUACAUGGCCAUGGACGCUAUAUUCACCACAGAACUUGCCAAAUAUUCACAUUUCUUUACGUCUAUUAAGGUUUAGAAACCAGAUCCCAGUUCUAGACGUCCUAUCUUUUUUUUUUACCGGAUUGUAUUAAAAUGUAUAUUCAGCCAUAUAUUUAUAGAAUGAGAACACAGAGAUGCAUAUGCCAUAUGCAUAAUUUAUUUUCACAUGCUUUGGAAAAUGAACCAUUACAAGAGUCAUGCACCUGUGUGCAAGAAUACCUAUUUAUAUAAGGUGAGUGAGUGUAAGUAUGAAAGAAGCUGUAUGUAUGAAGUAUGUUUACAACGCAUUUAUAAAAAAAAAAAAA